UUAAACUCAAAUUGACCCAUUUUUAUUAGAUUCGUUCUUUCUCCACCUUCAUUCUAUCACACCUUUCUCCUUCUUCUUCCGCCCCCGCCUUCAGCCCUGCUGUAAUCCAGAAAGGAUACGACGAUGGCAACGGCAGUAGCCGAAGGCGUUGUUGUCCUCAAAUUCCCUUCCCCUUCUUCUUUCAGAAAAGUCAUCCGAAACCCUAAUCAUCUCCCCACUCGCCCCUCCUCAACUCCUCCUCCAUUGUUCGCGCUUCGUGAUCGUAGAAGAAGAUUUUCUCUAGUUGUAUCGGCUGCUUCUCCCUCCUCUUCCUCUUCACUCAUCAGCGAAGACAAUCCCAAACUUGGACCGCUUUCUCUCGGUCACUCCACCCGUCCCCAUUUUCCUAUUCUUCACCAGGAGGUCAAUGGCUCCAAGCUCGUCUAUCUGGAUAACGCCGCCACUUCUCAGAAGCCCACUAUCGUCGUGAAGGCUUUACAGAACUAUUACGAAGCUUACAAUUCUAAUGUGCACCGUGGAAUUCAUUUUUUGAGUGCGAAGGCAACAGAUGAAUUUGAGUUGGCAAGAAAAAAGGUAGCAGCUUUCAUCAAUGCAGCUGAUUCCAGAGAGAUUGUGUUCACAAGAAAUGCUACUGAAGCUAUCAAUCUAGUGGCCUAUUCUUGGGGCCUUCUGAAUUUAAGACCAGGAGAUGAGGUUAUACUCACUAUUGCUGAGCAUCAUAGUGCUAUUGUUCCUUGGCAACUUGCGGCUCAGAAAACUGGUGCUGUUUUAAAGUUUGUCAGUUUAAAUGAGGAUGAAUUUCCAGACACAGAAAAGUUAAGAGAGAUGUUAUCAAGGAAGACAAAAAUUGUGGUCGUUCAUCAUGUCUCAAACGUGCUUGCUUCUAUUCUUCCCGUUGAUGAGAUUGUGGGCUGGGCACAUGAUGUUGGGGCAAAAGUGCUGGUAGAUGCUUGUCAAAGUGUUCCUCAUAUGGUGGUUGAUGUGCAGAGCCUAAAUGCUGAUUUUCUUGUUGCUUCUUCUCACAAGAUGUGUGGGCCUACAGGCAUUGGGUUCUUAUAUGGUAAGAGUGAGUUGUUGUCUGCCAUGCCUCCUUUCUUAGGUGGCGGAGAAAUGAUUUCUGAUGUGUAUUUGGAUCAUUCUACUUAUGCCGAACCUCCAUCCAGAUUUGAGGCUGGAACACCUGCAAUUGGGGAAGCAAUUGGGUUGGGAGCAGCAAUUGAUUAUCUGUCUGGAAUUGGCAUGCAGAAGAUUCAUGAUUAUGAGGUAGAGAUGUCCAAUUACCUAUAUGAAAGCCUACGUACGAUUCCUAACAUCCACAUCUAUGGUCCCAUGCCUUCACAAACUGUCCAGCGAGCUGCUCUUUGUUCAUUCAACAUAGAAGAUAUUCACCCAACAGAUAUUGCAACUUUUCUGGAUCAGCAGCACGGAGUAGCCAUUAGAUCGGGUCACCACUGUGCCCAGCCCCUCCAUCGCUACUUGGGAGUGAAUGCGAGCGCACGAGCUAGUCUUCACUUAUACAACACAAAAGAGGAUGUUGACGAUUUCAUCAAAUCUCUGAAGGACACAGUUAGCUUCUUCUCCUCUUUCAAAUAGAGUAAAUUUUCAAGAUCUCUGUUCUUACCUCUUCAACUUACAGGUUUUUUCUUGUUCUCCCCUCUUUUAUUAUCUGUCAUAAAGUAAUGACAUGUUUUUUCAUUGGUUUUGAUCAAUAUGUUGUAUAAUGGUAGAAAUGUAUGUCCCUGACCCAGACUUCAUGAUCAGAUAUAUUAUUACUUGGGUUCAAGUAUUAGAGGCUUUUAUAUUUGCAACAGAAGAGAGUGAGAAAAGAAAAAAGGCAAAAAUAUAAUGCUUUAGAGUUUAGGCCUUUCAAGUUGGGUGCUUUGCUUGGGGCUGAUGCCAAUGUAUUGUGUGCUGACAAAAGGAAUGGACAACAUAAUAAUGUGAUUCCUCCUACGCUUUGC